UUCUUUCUUUCUACUCACUGAACCUUUCAUUUUCUGAAAAAAAUGUUUCAUCACUGAUGAAUUUCUGAAGCUACCCAAAUCUUCUAGAAAAUAUUAUAUUCUGUUGUUUAUUUCUUGAAUAAGUAUUUUACUGGUUAAAGCAAAAUGUAACUUUAAAGAAUCUCCUUUUUUACAUGUACUUCAGUGUAUAUGUUAAUAUGCAAAAAAAGAUACAUUGAUAACUGAAUAGGGAUAACUUUAUUCAAUGAUCCUCUAAUUAAGGCAGCAUGAAAUAGUAGAUGGAGCAUUAACUUUGAAGCCAAGAAGACCUGGGUUUACGUUUCACCAAUGACACAUAUUUACCGGAUGACCUUGAGCAAGACAGUUAUUCUUGGCAAAGAAUGUUUAAAUAAAUACUGUUGGAAGAGCCUCACCCAUGAAAAUUAGUGACUCUUUGAAGAAUUUAUGGAAGAAAAUGAACAAAAGUGAUGAUGAACUUGCAGAGGUGAAUGGCAAAUGUACCCAGGAAGAGAGAGGAUUCACAUCAAUGAAAUCCCUAUCCACUGAAGCAGGAAUAGCAGAGAUACCAUUGAUUUAAUUGUGAUUGGUUCUUCCACUUUUGAAGGAGACUAGUAUCACGGAGUGACCUGGACUUAAUUGAGGCACAAAGAUGCCUCAAGAUCUUCCAAAGUCAUCAGAAUCCACUUGCAAGACAAAAGUCAAGAAAACUGUCCAUAACCUAAGAGGCAGACCCUGGUGUCUUCUAUAGCUGACCAAGCUAUAAGCAUUUCACAACAUCUGCUUCCUCCGCUUUUGUUGCCAUUGGAAUGAUUUGCUUUCAUCUAACCAUUCUGCUGAAAGAAGCCUUCACAUGCUUAGGAUAGACAAGUUACCCUCGACCUAUUUUUAGUCAGACUACUCAGUUGGGCAAAGCUAUAGUAUCCCCACGAAGUUAAGUAUUUCUUUCUGUCACAAACAGCAUUUUUAGUAUAGAGGGAAAGGCAAGUUUCAAAGUGAUAUGGGAAAAAACAGCAAUGGACACUUACAGGAGAAAAACAUAUUUGUUAAUCCUGAUUGUCACUGAAAUGUUUUUUCCCUGGGAAAGAAAAUCAGUUUAUGAGACUUGUUUCAGUUCUCAUACAGAGACACUGGGCGCCGCUGUCGGCCAAUGUGGAGGAAGAGCUGAAAUAGGGAAUGCCUUGUUAGCUAGCUUCCUGCUUGGUAAUUUCCUGCUCACCAACAAACCCUGUAUUCAUUCAAGCUCCAGUACCACAGAAUCUUUCCUGGAGCGCACAGAUUUGCUGCUACGCUAGGCUGGACAGUGAAAUUGGUCCUUCUUUAACACCGAUUCUUACAAUUCAUGAUCAUCUUCAUUUCGUCUUCUGGGGAGCUAAAGAGUUUCUGUCUGCACAAAGCCAGAGAAAUGGGAAGGAUCUCCGGGCAAAGAGCUCUGACUCUGAGGCCGCAGGUACUGGUCGCGUUUUUGGUGUCUUUGUUCUUUUGCGUGUUUUCUGAGCAGAUCCGCUACUCCAUUCCAGAGGAGAUAGCGAAAGGAUCGGUGGUGGGGAACCUCGCCAAGGAUCUGGGAUUAGAAAUCCAAAAUUUACCGAGUAGGAAGCUGCGGGUUAGCACAGAAAGAGAAUACUUUAGUAUCAGCUCUCAGAGCGGGGAAUUGUUGAUCAGUGGCAGAAUAGACCGAGAGGAAAUAUGUGGAAAGAAGCUCGUGUGCACUCUUGAUUUCGAAACAGUUGCAGAAAAUCCCCUAAAUAUUUUCCAUGUAACUGUGGUCGUGCUCGAUAUUAAUGAUAACGCCCCAUUAUUCGAACAGUCUCAAGUAGAUCUAAAAAUCUCAGAAUCCAUUCAAGUAGGCUCGUCCUUUCCUCUAGACCCUGCUAUAGAUUCAGAUGUUGGAAGUAAUUCUCUGCAAAGAUACUACCUCGAACAAAACAGUUACUUUGAUCUAACAGUGAAACAGAGUCCAGAUGGCAAUAAAUAUCCUGAAUUGAUACUGAAAAAAUCUCUGGAUAGAGAGCAGCAGAGUUCACAUCAAUUGGUUUUGAUGGCCCUGGAUGGUGGGCAGCCAGCCCAAAAUGGCACAGCUCAGAUCAGAAUCAAUGUUGUGGAUGCCAAUGACAAUGUCCCGGUAUUCAGUCAGCAAGUUUACCGGGUCAGUGUGCGGGAGAACCUGCCCCCAGGAUCCACUAUACUGCGUGUGUCGGCCACCGACCAGGAUGAGGGAGUCAAUGCAGAAAUUACCUUCUCCUUCCAAAAUACAGCAAAGGAUGUGAAACUUUUAUUCGACUUGAAUCAAAAGACAGGAGAAAUAACGACUAAGGAUAAUCUGGAUUUCGAAAAUAUUAAUAAUUAUAUUCUAAGCAUAGAAGCAAAAGACUUUGGAGAUCUAGCAUCACACUGUAAAAUCCAUAUAGAAAUUCUCGAUGAAAAUGACUGUGCCCCCGAAAUAACUGUGGCGUCUAUGUUCAGUCCAGUGCCAGAGAAUUCCGAGCCUGGCACUAUCGUUGCACUUCUGAAAAUUCGUGACAGAGAUUCAGGAGAAAAUGGAGAAGUUACAUGUUAUGUUCAAGAAAAUAUUCCCUUCAAAUUAGAAUCCUCUUCUAAGAAUUACUACAAGCUACUGACAAAGGGAGCUUUGGACCGAGAGCAGGUCACAGAGUAUAAUAUUACUGUGACAGCCACUGAUAAAGGGAAUCCCCCUCUAUCCACUAGUAAGACCUUCACUCUACAUAUAGCAGAUGUCAAUGACAAUGCCCCUCUUUUCCUACAACCUUCCUAUGUGUCUUACGUUCCUGAGAACAAUCCCGCAGGGACAUCUAUUUCCUGUGUCUCAGCAGUUGACCCAGACCUGGAGCAAAACGGUCUCUUAUCCUACUCCAUUGUCAGCAGUGACCUAGCUUUGCUAUUGUCUUCCUAUGUAUCGGUCAGCGUCCACAGCGGGGAAAUCUUCGCUCAGUGCUCUUUCGACUAUGAACAAGUCCGCACCUUCGAACUGAUUCUUCAGGCCUGUGACGCUGGCUCCCCUGCCCUCUGUGCCAAUGUCACCUUGAGAGUAUUCAUAGUGGAUCAAAAUGACAAUACCCCAAUCAUCCUUUACCCGGCCCUCGGGGGCGAAGGAUCAGCCCUCUUUGACAUGGUCCCUCGCUCUGCGGAGCCCGGCUACCUAGUCACGAAGGUGGUGGCAGUGGAUGCUGACUCGGGACACAACGCCUGGCUAACCUACCGCGUGUUGAAGGCCACAGACGCUGGGCUCUUCAGCCUGGGACAACGCACCGGUGAGAUUAGGAUAGCUAGAGCUAUGGCUGACCGAGACCCUGCUCGUCACCGCCUGCUAGUCUCUGUGCAGGAUGGAGGCCAGCCCCCUCUGUCGGCCACUGUGACUCUUCACUUGGUUUUUGCAGACAGUCUGCAGGAGGUUUUGCCAGAAAUGAGGGAGGAGCACUCAGAGAUCCCGGAUCCUCAGUCUGAGCUACAGUUUUACCUGGUUUUAGCUUUAGCUUUAAUCUCCAUAUUGUUCUUUCUCAGCGUAGUACUGGCUAUUGCCCUGCGCUUUCGGAAAUCUUCAGAUUUCAAAGUAUUAGGUUGUUUCAGAGGAGAUCUUGGCUCUCAUUCUGCAUCUGGAAUAGUCCCAAACUACAAUGAGGGAACUUUACCAUAUUCUUAUAAUCUGUGUGUGGCUUCUCAGACUGGAAAAAUGGAAUAUAAUUUUCUCAAAUUGACUGGGGAUAUGUCCGCUCCACAAGAUCUCCUCUUUAAUGACGGUUCCUGUGGUCUGGAUAACAAUACUGGAGAAUCAAAAGUCAUUUCUGACUUUGUCAUUUCUUCUCACGUAAGUUUUUUGCAUCGCCUUUUAAUAUUUGCAACUUUUUUCAGGCCUCUUAAUUCCAUAUCUUUUCUUUUACCUUAAAAGCCAUAAGUUAGUGUAGUUUGAUUCUUCCUUCAUUUUCUGUGACUUUUAACUUUCCUUGGGGACUAACAACAUACUGUAGUAGAUUGAGGGCUACCCCUGAAACCCGGAAAAACCUGAGUCUUCUUCUGACAUCCCAACUAUAUUACUUAAUGCAAAUAAGUUAACAUUGCAACUGUCUUUCUACAUUGGUAGAGUUUCCUCAAUCGGACAUCACUCUACCAAUAGUUAAAAUCAGGAUUUUUAAAAUGUUUUAGUAAGGCACUAAAAUCAACUUAGCACAAGGGAUAAAUUGUUGGGCUGGAAAUCAGAAAGCUUUGGGUUCAAAUCAGAAUGAUUAAAAUUUCUAUAUCUAGGAAAUCUGUAGAUUUAUGUACAAUUUUUAAAUGGUUCUUUGGUGUAAGAAAAUUUCUGUAUACAUAUGCAUAUCUUAAAGUGCUCGGAAUUGUAGCAGAUUGUAAAUAUUGUUUUCAUUAAACAUAAGAAAAUAUAGUUUGCUGAGUUUACAACAUGGACACAUAAUAAUAAUAAUGUCUCCAUUUUAGUUGUGCGAUUCCAAACUUAGUAGGAUUCAUUUGGUAGUAAUAAAAAACUCAUUUUAAGUCAUUCAUUCUCUAGUUCAUGAAGUAUAAUGAUCUUGAGCUUCACCUCCUAGAAAUCUCUUUUGCAAGAAUAUUAUUGUGUGUGGUGGAGUGGAAAAGUGGUGGAGUAAGACAGCUUAAUAAAAAAUGGAAACGUGACAUUAACAUCACUCAUCUAGUUACAGAGACAGACAGACAGACAAAGAGACAGACAGAGAGAUACACAUAUAUCCAUAUAUGUAUAGAGUCACACACAUUUAUGUGUUAUGUUUGUAGACACUGUCAACAAGUCUUUCGUAAAAUAACAGAAAUGAAGUUUCAAGAUAUGAUUUGUUUCCAAGAAAGGAGAAAUAUCAGGAAUAAAAACCUUUUGUAAAAAUUGUGCAACUUUUACUUAGAGGUUGUGUAAUAAUUAGUUAGGACUCUGGGCGCCGCUGUUGACCAGCCAGGGAGAAAAAUGAGAAAAGCAGCCAGAUCCCCCGCCCAGCCCUCUGCAGUUCAAACUACAUAAAGCCCCAGAAGCUUGCACCUUCAGAAGCUGUACAGAAACCAAGAAAACAAGCUGUUUGGUUUUAGGAUUCUGGUUAAUGUUAUUCUUUGAGACUCAGGAAAUA